CAUUUCCGUCUGUCAAAUUUUUCUUUCUUUCCCAGCCACGACGAGCAAGGGUCGACAGCAUGAGUUCUCUAAAGCUCCAAAAGAGGCUCGCAGCCUCUGUACUGCGUUGCGGCAAGAAAAAGGUUUGGUUGGACCCCAAUGAAAUCAACGAAAUCGCCAAUACAAACUCGCGUCAGAACAUACGCAAACUGAUCAAGGAUGGUCUGAUCAUCAAGAAGCCCGUCGUGGUGCACUCCCGCUACCGUGUCCGCAAGAACACCGAGGCCCGUCGCAAGGGUCGCCACUGUGGGUUCGGUAAGCGCAAGGGUACAGCGAACGCUCGUAUGCCCACCAAGCUGGUGUGGAUGCAGCGCCAGCGUGUGCUGCGUCGUCUGCUGAAGAAGUACCGCGACAGCAAGAAGAUUGAUCGCCAUCUGUACCACGAUCUGUACAUGAAGUGCAAGGGUAAUGUGUUCAAGAACAAGCGUGUUCUCAUGGAAUACAUUCACAAGAAGAAGGCCGAGAAGCAGCGCAGCAAGAUGCUCGCUGACCAGGCCGAGGCCAGGCGGACCAAGGUGCGUGAGGCACGCAAGCGCCGUGAGGAGCGCAUUGCCACCAAGAAACAGGAGCUCAUCGCUUUGCACGCCAAGGAGGAUGAGAUCGCUGCCAAGGCUGCGACCGCCGCGGGUCAAUAGGUCGUCCGUCGACGCACGCUUUGCUAGACAAGGCAAUAAUGAUUAGUAAUUGUUUUCAAGAGAAUAAAACCGUCAUUUUAGUUUGGCCUAAAUGAUUUUGUACAAACGUGGAA